AUGGCGAAUCCACGACAGCGUCGCAAGGCGCGUUCCGGUAGCACGCUGAAACCGUCGCUGAACGCGAAAAAGCAGAUGAAGAAAAAGCUUGCACGAGCCCCCACCAUCCACGGGGCUGACGUUCUGAAAGACAACUACGAUCCCAAGCUCACACUGCGUCAGAACUACGCUCGAUUGGGACUGGUGCCUUCGUUAGACGUUCGGCCUAAUACGGGCGGAACUGAACGCGCACCAUCGAGUAUCUCUGCAUCGUCGAGCAAGGAGGGUCAAGCAGCGGUACGGAAGGGGAUGGCGAGGGUGAUUCGAGAUGAUGCUGGUAAUAUUGUGGAUAUCAUCGAGGCUGACGAGCACGAUCAAGAUGAAACCGCCUGGGGUAAACCGUUACCAAGCAGCAUCGCCGAUCGAUCCGAUGUACCGACUUUCAUGCCCGUCUCGCAACCUGCAUCGAAUCCCGAUGCGCUGCAGCAGCUAGAACAAAUCGCGAGCCAAGCAGCGCCAGUAGAACGUCACACCAGCCAGAAGGAAUCGCAAUGGCUCGUGGAAUUGGUGAAAAAGCACGACGACGAUACCCAAGCCAUGGCCAAAGAUCGCCACUUGAACCUAUGGCAGAAAACCGAGGGCGAGAUCAAGAGGGCCAUCAGAAAAGCCGGUGGUUUCCAGGCAUUGCGUACUUCCGCCUAA